UGCUAGCCCUCUGGGCUGUUUUUCCCCAGAGAUGGAGGCUCUGAGCAGGCUUGUCCCCUUGGCCCUUUUCAUCGUGCCGUGUUUGGCAGAGUUCAACUGGACCCAGUCUGAAGGCAAAUCUAGCUGCCGGGCCACCGUGGGAGGCACCAGCCAAUCGGAUGCCCAUAGAGCCCUAAUCCUGCAACUCAAUCCCAAUGAGGACUGCACCUGGACACUAGAAAAACCAGAAAACAAAAGCAUCAGAAUCAUUUUUUCCCACUUCCAGCUGGAUCCCAGUGGAGGGUGUAAAAAUGAAAACAUUAAAGUUUUUGAUGGAAACUCUACCAAGGGGUCUCUGCUCGGGAAAGUCUGCAGUAAACAUGACUACGUUCCUGUUUUUGAGUCAUCAUCCGAUACGUUAACGGUUCAAAUAGUCACCGAUUCUGUAAGAAUGCAAAGAACUGUCUUCAUCUUCUACUACUACUUCUCACCCGGCACCUCUAUUCCAUACUGUGGCGGUUACUUGGAUGCCUCCGAAGGAUCCUUUACCAGCCCCAAUUACCCAAAUCCACAUCCUGCACUGGCUUAUUGCGUGUGGCACAUACAAGUGGAGAAAGGUUACAAGAUAAAAUUACACUUCAAAGACAUUUUCAUAGAAGUGGACGAAUACUGCAGAUUUGACUUCAUUGCCGUUUAUGAUGGCUCCUCCACCACCUCUGGCCUGCUUGGACAAGUGUGUGGCUAUGUGAAGCCCACCUUUGAAUCCUCGUCGGACUCGCUGACCGUUGUGCUAUCUACAGAUUACGCCAACUCCUACCGAGGCUUCACUGCUUCCUACACUUCAGUUUAUGCGGGAAACGUCAACACUACAUCCUUAACUUGCUCCUCAGACAAGAUGAGAGUUAUCAUUAGUAAAUCCUACCUGGGAUUAUUAAAAUAUAGCGAGAAUAACUUACAACUAAAUGACCCAACUUGCAGACCAAAGAUAUUAAAUGUGGUGGAAUUUUCUAUUCCUCUGGAUGGAUGCGGUACAGUCAAAAAGGUAGAAGAUCAUUCAAUUACUUACACCAACAUAAUCACUCUCAUUCCGUCCUCCGCAUCUGAAGUGAUCACCCGCCAGAAACAUCUCCAGAUUGUUCUGAAGUGUGAAAUGGAACGUAAUUCUACUGUGGAGAUGAUGUACAUAACAGAAGAUGACAUAAUACAAAAUCAAAAUGUUCUGGGCAAAUAUAACACAAGCAUGGCUCUUUUUGAAUCCAAUUCAUUUGAAAAGCCUCUGCUGGAGUCACCAUAUUAUGUGGAUUUGAACCAAACUCUUUUUGUUCAAGUCAGCGUCCAUACCUCGGAUCCAGAUUUGGUGGUUUUUCUUGAUACCUGUAUUGCCUCUCCCACGUCUGACUUUGCAUCCCCAACCUAUGACCUCAUCAAGAGUGGAUGUAGUCGAGAUGAGACUUGUGAGGUGUAUCCGUUUUCUGGACACUAUGGAAGAUUCCAAUUUAAUGCCUUUAAAUUCUUGAGAAAUCUGGGCUCCGUGUAUCUACAGUGUAAGAUUUUGAUAUGUGACAGUAGUGACCAUCAGUCUCGCUGCAACCAAGGCUGUGUCUCUAGAAGGAAACGAGACAUUUCUUCAUACAAAUGGAAGGCGGAUUCUGUCAUAGGACCUAUUCGUCUGAAAAGGGAUCAAAGUGCAAGUGGAAAUUCAGGAUUUCAGUAUCAAAUACAUGGAGAAGAAACUCAGAAUCAACCUUUCAACAGUCUGCAACUAUUUUUAUUCAUGGCCCUUGCUCUGAAUGUAGUGAUUGUGGCUACGAUCACAGCAAGGCAUUUUGUGAAGCAGAGAACAGACUACAAGUACCAGAAGCUGGAGAAUAUGAACUAACGGGUUCAGCCUUAAGUGAGACACGUUCCUCCUGAACACCAAAGGAAAUGCUACCCAUUAUGAAUAAAUUAGGGAGAUCCUCAUAAGAGUGAUGCACAGGUCUUGCUGUCAUUGUGGUCAGAGUGUGCUGCCUUGCAGGGUGGUUGAAAUGAGCAAACAUUAUGUAAGUUAGGUCUCAUGAUAAAGACCUGAAGCCACCAAAAUAUUAAAUGAAUUAAAAGCAUCCUUUUUCACAAAGCAUUUUCAGUAAAUAAUUAGGUGAAAGGAAAAAAAAAAAGACAUAAGUCUUCAGCAUUAGAUGUAUUUAUUUUCUAGAUGCAAAUGUGUUACCUUUUGAAACAUAUAUGAACAUUAUAAUUUCUGAAACGAAGUGUGACAAAGAGAAUGACCAUCUUUUUUAUUCAUACGCCUCACUAUUUUAAUGCGGAGUCUCAGCAUCUUACAGCUUAAACACAUCUCAGAAAAGGGCUUUGGAAAGAAGACCCUGAUUAUCAUAGGCGAGACUUCUGUGUAGUUUCCAGGUUAACGAAGUAAAACAACAGUUCUCCCAUUUCCCAUCAAACACCAAAGCCAAACAUACCUGUAGCAAGGCAGAGUCAGUUCUGACUUAAUACGUUCCUCUCUGCUGUGGCUGAACAAAUAUUAAAGACCUCAGUGUGAACUGAC